UCAGCUGUGUCCAAUCACAGCUGAUCACUGAUGAUCAGUGUGCCCUGAUGAUCAGUGUAGCCCCAGCAGUGCCACCUGUCAGUGCCCAUCAGUGCCAGCUGUCAGUGUCCAUCAGUGCCACAUCAAUGCCACAUAUCAGUGCCUACCAGUGCACAUCAAUGCCACAUAUCAGUGCCCAUCUGAGCUGCCUUUCAGUGUAACCCAUCAGUGCCAGUCAGUGCCACCUAUCAAUGCCAAUCAGUGCCACCUAUUAGUGCUGCCAAUCAGUGCCACCUAUUAGUGCCAGUCAGUGCCACCUAUCAG